CAACAGUUUCCGGUUUUUUCGCGGGUUCGCUGGUCGCUGGAGUGUGUUGAUUAGGGUUGUUUGUGCUGCAGAUGUUACCACAGUGCUCGGGAGAGGGCCUCUUUAAUACGAGUGUUACGACGUUGAGGCUAACGUCGAUUGCUUCAAGGGGGCUUGAACCACGUGGUGGCGCUGCUUUCAGUGAAGAAGUCGUUCGAGGAAGUCUUACAGCUUAAGGCUUUGUGGUUUCUUUGAAGUUUGUUUUCAAUUUUCAGUGCUUUUUGUGUGGAGGCUAGAGGAUCUUUAAUCAUCCUGUUCAAGAGCUUUGUAGCUUCCAGUCUCUUGGGGGUGAUGUAAUGAAAUUGAAUAAAUGAAAAAAACAUCCAUUCAAAGCAGUUAAGGGAUAGUUGUAUCUGGAUUACAUUAGAGUGUUGCUCACAAUGGAAACAGUGGAAGAAGGAGAAUCCCUGGUUGCUCCAGAAGUACGUCAUCCAGUUAGCUCCGCACAGCAGAAUAUUCAAUCACCGUCAAGUCCAUCACCCUCUCCAGCGGCAUCCAUUGCUACUGGGGCAACACCAGCAGCAACAGUUGCCCGACAGGCUUCGAUCCCGUGCAGGCGCCGGGGCCGGUUGCAACGCUCGGAACGACUUCAGUCCGAUGGUUCCUCCGCGUCGGUGUCCCAGCACCAGAAUCCCUCCUACUCCAGCUUGGAGGCGCUGAUCCGCGAUAGCUUCGGCCAGAUUGUUUGGCCCAUCCGUAUCACCAGCUGGGAUCUGCUGAACAAUGCGGCCGUCCAGCGGGAAUUCAUGAAUCCGAGUACCUCUGCCACCGAGCUCAUUUCGCGGAGAGGCGUUUUCUCGCGGCGUCACUAUGGUUCAGUGGAUCAGCUGCCCCAGUCGGAGAUUGACGGCCUGGAUCCAAACUGUCGACGGUUUCGGCUGGAAAAUGGUGAAUCACUGGCGGAAAAAGAUGAGGUUUUCGGAUCGCCCAGCAUGCCCAUCCUGGAAAACCCCGAGCACCAGACGCGGUGGUAUUUCAAAUAUUUCCUCGGAAAAUUGCACCAGAACUACGUCGGAAUCGACUCGGAGAAAAACCCGUACUUUAUGUCGAUAGUCUCGCAGGACUCGGGCAGCAAGUGUAUGCCGCUGUACCGGGUGAUGCUGUUCCGCAAGCAGGGCGCCCAAAAGCUGGCCCUGCCGUACAACCCGCAGCAGAAGCUGACGGUGAAGCAGAUUCUGCCGAAUUUCGCCCUGAUGGACGCGAGCAAAUCCCCGAAGGAGGUCUUCUCGGCCGACAUCCAGAAGGACCUGCUGCUGCUGGAGGAGCAGGAGGGCUCGGUCAACUUCAAGUUCGGCGUCGUCUACAUGAAGGCCGGCCAGAAGAUGGACGACGAGAUGCUGAGCAAUGAGGACGGAAGUGCGGACUUUGACGAGUUUAUGGCGCUGCUCGGCGAGAAGAUUCGGCUCAAGGACUGGGAGCGGUACCGGGGCGGGCUGGACGUAAAAGGUGACAUGACGGGGAAAUACUCGGUCUACACGCUGUACGAAGGCCACGAGAUUAUGUUCCACGUAUCGACGAUGCUCCCGUUCAGCCGUGACAACCGGCAGCAGGUGGAACGCAAACGCCACAUCGGGAACGACAUCGUGAACAUUAUCUUCGUGGACGAGGACUCGAACGGCGAGGAAACGGAAUUCAACCCAAACAACAUCAAAAGUCAAUUUACACACGUUUUCGCCGUUGUUACUAGACGAAGUAGAAAAUAUCGGCUAGCGGUAUACUGUGAUGAAACUGUACCACCGUUUGGACCUACGCUGCCCAAUCCACCGGAAUUUGAGGACCCGGCCGUGUUCCGGGACUUUUUGCUGGUCAAGCUGAUCAACGGCGAGAAGGCCACUUUCCAGACGCCCACCUUUUCCCGGAAGCGCGAGCGAACGCUGGAGAUGCUCAUCAAGGACCUGUACGAGGAGUACGUGCACGACAAUAAGAUGAACAUGCUGAACCGGCGCGCCUUCUCCGAGGUGCUGUACGACGCGCCGCGAACCUCGAAGCUGAAGGAGGACGCCCGCCAGGUGGAGUUUGUGCGCAUCGGCCAGGCCCUCAAGCUGGAGGCCAUCGUGCGGGGGGACGCCCCCACGAGCAUAGCGUCGGCGGGGACCGUGUUCAAGCGGCCACCCUGGGAGCCGCAGUGCUUCUUUCCGACGUUUUCACCGCGGAACGACCUGGUCGGUGACAGCUGGGGCCCGGACCAGCUGUUUCUGGCCUCGGACGAGGGAACAUAUCUGAUCAAGGAGGACCAAACGCACCGGGUUGUGUUCGACCGGACGUUGUGCGUGAAGCAGCUGAGCGUCGUCGAGGAUCACGGGAUCAUGCUGGUGAGGGGUGGGUCAGCGAUGCAGAAGGAUGGCCACCGGGUGCACGUGUUUAGACUGAGCGAGUUCAGCGACGAUCGGUUGGGCCAGCGGUCGCGGAUCGACGUCAAGGAUCGUCGGAUAGAUAAGACCCGAGGUUGUCACUUGUACGCGAUUUCACGAGCCGGGGAGGCUCAUCUGAGGAUGGCCGUGGCCGUUGGCCGGAAGUUGUUGAUAUUCCAGUGGAAACAUACGGCCGCGUGGACCUCGUGGUGUCCAAACAGUGACAACGACACCGUCGAGGGGUUCAUCUUUCUGAAGGAAAUUACACUGCACGAUCUGCCGUCGAUUAUGACGAUUUUGGAGGGUUCGUGUCCGAACGCGGGACUGCUGAUUUGCGUAGGGUUCAAGCACACGUUCGAGGUGGUGUCGGAAUCGACGGGACACUCGACGAAGCUGCACGAAGCGGACACUAAGAAGCAGGCCGGGAUUCACCUGGUGGCGGCGCUGGAUUUGUACGACGGACAGGACACGGAGCUGCUGUUAUGCUAUAAUCACACCUGCCACUUCCAGAAGCUGUCGGACGAGUGCAACAGCAGCACCGAGUUCGACUUUCAGUUCAACACCCCGCCCAGCUCGGUGGUGUGCGCCUUCCCGUACAUCAUCGCGUUCACGCCCGACUCGAUGGAGAUCCGGCUGCUGGUGAACGGGAACCUGGUGCACACGGUCAUGAUGGCCGAGCUGCAGCUGGUCACGUCGAAGAAGGACAUUUACUUCGUGACGACUGCGCCCGAGUUCAUCCCGAAAGGUGCCAAACUGCGUGGUCCCGACUCGGAGGACCACGAGCUGGUCAAGCCUCGCAUCGAGGAGAGUAAGGUUGCGCCAGAGGAGGAGGAGGGACGGGGGGACGGUUCCGCUGGACGGAGCAGGUUGAGUUCGGACGAGGACAACGGUGGUGGGAGUACGGGGGUUGAGGAGAGUUCCGGGUUGGCGGUGACGCCACAGAUUCAGCGUGCCAAGUCUUUACAGAACUCAAAGCCGGAGGGACAGGGCGAACGGGCCAAGGACAGCGUGCUGACGGUGGACGACCUGAAGCGAUCGAUGUCAAAGAGCAAUUCGUACGGCGAAGGUGGAUCUUCGUUUACGAUACCGACCACCACGUGCAGCAAGGACUUGGCGAAGCACUUUGGCGCACAGCCUCAGCCGAACACCAAAAACCUGUGCAAGCACUUUGGCGAAGCCUCAGUGCCACCGAAUUCACCCCAAAACAACACGAUGGCCAAGGGUAGCUCGCCCAGUUCGCCCACCCGAAAGUCCUUCAUUCGGCAGCCUACGCUAAAGUUGAGCAACUCACAGCAAAACGAAGGCGAAACGUCCCCCUCGAAUGGCAACACCAAGCCGUUGCGAAUCUACCGAAUUCCGCUGACGAAUCUCACCGGAACGCACGUCCAGUCCCACCACUAUCACUACCCAAGUGCGGACGGAUCGGCGAAAAAGCCCACGGCAAUCGCCACCAAAAUGCAGACGCAACCAACUCCGGCGACGACGACAAAACCCUCGACGAACGACGCCAAACCUGCGCUGAGUUCGUCGCGCGAAGAAGACGAGGACGCGGCCAGUUCCGGCGAGGCACCCGUGCAAAAGAUGAGCAUCUUCGACCAGAUCCAGCAAGAUCUGCAGGAGCUGAGCUUGAAGGACAAAGUGGACGGAACGUCGCAGCAACAGCAGCAGGGUGACCUGCUGAGUUCGGUGCUGACCCCACUUUAAGGAGACGUUGAAUCGCUCAAAAAAAAAAAACCGUUGCAAGGCCAUCCAAAACAGGACACAGGAAAGCAUUUUCACGUUGUUACUCUAGGCUAUUUAGUACUUUAAAGAAGAGAUUCUAUAUCGGGAGGAGGGCGGAAAAUAAAACGCGUAAGAAAAAAAAAUCUUCGUUGAUCAGAGCGCAACAAGGUUUCAAAAGUUAGGCCAAAUGAACCAAAAUGUUAAAGGGACGGAACGCGGCGCUUCGCACACUUUUUCUGCUACAGGCGAAAAUAUCCAUUUUCAAUUUUGCGUCGUCGGCCAAGUUUACACGAUACUGCGAUUGGGGUGAUGGUUCCUUAACUGCAAAGCUGAUCCAAAGCAAUUUGCGAAAAAGGUUUCUGUUUGUGACUUGUAUUUAUUUACUAAAACACAUUCAAACUUCGUUUUAAAAAGAGCUUAAGAACCGAAUGUGAUCAAUCAGUACUUGGUUCAUUAAAACAUUCUUUUUGCAAUUCCGUCGUGAAACUACUUACUUUUCCUGUCAUUCUUGAACGACGAAAUAGCCUACUUUUCUGUACCAAAAAUAACAGAAUCGAAUAGCAACACUUUUCAAAAUAAAUGC